AUGACGUUGUCACUCGCCGACGCCGCGUCGGCCACGUACGAUCCGGCCAAGUGCACCGACAAGGACGUCGUCGCGCCCCUCGGGCUGGCGUGCCAGACCGCCCUGGCGGAUUCCUCCGUGAUGGCAUCCUGCUGCGCCGCGCUCACCACCUGGAACGCCGCGGGGUGCAAUUGCCCCGCGCACGAGGGCGAGACGCUCCUCGACCUCGACGAGUACGCCCUGUUCAAGCCCGCGCUGGCGGGUCUCAACGCCGGGUGCGGCAUCGACGCCGCGGACGACGACGCCGACGCCAUGUCCGCGCUCGCUUUCGCGCUCGCGGCGUCCCCCGUCGCCGCCUACGGCGUCAUCCACCGCUACGACCACGUCGACGACGAGACGCACGAGAAGCACGUGCGCGCCAUGUACCGGCUCGACGAUCUCCUCUCCGAGUACAACCGCCUGCACAAUCACCCGGACCCGGAUCACCACAGACGACACCGCGAACCGGAGUACGUGCGCGCGUACAAGGAAAAGCACCUACACGCCGCGCAGCACGCGCGGCGCGUGGAGGCGCUGCGCCACGCGCACGGCGACGGCGACCCGACGCACGUCGCGUGCGACGAUCCCCUCUUCGUCCAGUCGCACAUGCUCGACUGCCUUCGACACCCGACGUGGGAACACCCGCACGGAGGGUGCUGCGAGGGACUGCGAAUGUGGAACGACGCGGGGUGCAACUGCGACGGCGUCCGGAGCGUGCUGACCCACGACGCGACGUUCGAGCACUACGCGCGCGUCGCUGCCAAGUUCGAGGCCCAGUGCGACGUGACGCCGAGAACAAACUGCGAGAACCAACUGCGGGAGGUGAGGCGCUACGGCGUCAUCCACCACGACGGGUUUGAUGCGUCGUCGGGGCACUUCCACCUGGCGCUGCCCGAACGCGACGCCGUCGGGAUUCGAACCCGCGCGUCGAUACUCCCGGAACUCCCGGGGAACCGACGCUCGCUCAAGUCCGCGUGGGAGUCCACCGCGGGCAAGCAGACGAUCGACUGCGCGCUGAUGCAAUCCGCGAUGCUCGCGCUCCUGCCGUGUCUCGGGCAAGUCCCCGCGUCCGUGUCCGACGAGUGCUGCAAGGGGCUCAACUCCUGGAACGACGCCGGCUGCUACUGCGACGGCGUUCAGACGGUCAUGGAAGAUCCGGAGACGCCAAAGGCGUACGUCGAGUUGGCCGCCGUCCUCAACCCCGCGUGCGGCGUGGAAAAAGUGACGGAUUUAAACCACCGAGUGUGCGCGCCCCCGCCCCCCGCGCCGCCGCCGACGCCGCCGCCGCCCAACCCGCCGCCGCGACCGCCCGCGUCGUCCACGCUAGCGUUCGCGACGACCGUUGCGCAGGAGACCUGGGGGGCGUUCUACCGAUCCUUCUCGCCGUACGAGUGGGACGCGCCGACGGAUGAGGAUUACUGCAAGUGGAUGGCGGACGUGCUCGUGUGCGAUUACAUCAAAAACGCGGACGACUGCGAGUGGAAAGAUUCCGAUGCGGGCGGGUCGAGGGAGGUCCUGACGCCGUGCGAGUGGUACGAGGGCAAGUGCGAGCUGCGGGAUUACCUGCAGAUCGGCGCGAGGGAGCUUCGUAACGCGUUUCGUAACGUCCUAGCGGCGAGCCAAUCCGCGCACGACGCGUGCGCCGCCGGCUGCGCCGACGAAGAAAACGAAGGCGACGAAGAAAAAUGCGUGGACACCCCGCACGGGUGCCUCCCCUCCGUCGACGCCGCGAUGGCCGCCGCGGACGCCGCAUCUUCGGAGAUAACGACCACCGCGGUUCAGCGCAUGGUGUACCGCCAGUACAUGCACGGCGUCGUCGGGUGCAACGUAUUGGGCAAAGGAGGCGCGGAAACAGUCGGAGUCGACGAAUGCGCCGGACGCGACGGAUGCGCUUGGGACUCGUCUUCGGGUGGCGGGAACGGCCGGUGCGAGCCCACGCGUGCGUGGCGCGAGGCGACGUCGCUCGAGGUAUGCACGCCGCCGACGCCGCCCGCGCCGCCGCCCGCGCCGCCGCCGCCGCCCGUCUCCGGGUACGAGUACGAAGCCACGAGGGGCGACGGCUUCGAGAAGGAGUUUUCCCCGUGGAUGGUUUGGAGUUUCAUGGUCGUCUCCAGCGCCAUCUCGCUGUCGUGGAUGUGCGGAUGCAUCCUGGUGUAUAAGCGGCACCCGGAGUGCCCGAAGCCGGAGUCGUCCGAUGACGAGUCGGGUACGGAUUCCGACGAGAACAAUUCGUCCGAUGGCGAGUUAACGCACUCGGAGAUCACGGUUGAGACGAGCGAACUCAUCGAAAAUGGUCGCGAUGCAUCCGACGAUAAACCGGUGCUUCGUGGGCGACGCGGCGGGGGCAGGCGCGGCGAGGUGGCGCGCGAGGUGGUGAUCCCGCCGUGGCCCAAGUACGCGCCCAUCCCCUACGCGCGCAGGAAGUCGACCCCGAAGAAGCACAGGAAGCCCGGGUCGAUGGAGCAGUGGGAAAGGAUGCAGGCGCAAAAGCCAAGAAGGUAUAAGUAG